UGUCAGAGGGGGGAUUGGGGGGUGCAUAGGUGGGAGUGUGCGGCGUGGAGGGCCGUGAAGGGGAGGGUGCCGACGACGGCGGUGAGGGUGCUUUGUAGGCUGCUUUGGAAGAGGGCAAGGGAUAGAGCUGGGUAUGAGAAGAUUGAUGCGUUGGUUUCAAACAGAGAGCACUACACACAAGACAAGAUCGAGACGUUUGCGCAGAUGGCGAUGUUGAUCCGGUCGAUUGUGGGCGAGGAGGUGUGUUUGGAUGCGGGGGGGAUGGUGCGGGUCUUGUGCAUGUUCAGCUGUAACAGCAUCUCCAUCUGCGACGAAGAACUCGUCAACAUCGGCGUCGGGAUCUACCCAACCCUCUCCCUUAUCAACCACUCCUGCGUCCCCAACACCGCCCUUAUCUUUUCCGGUUCAACCGCCACGCUGAGGAGUAUUAGGGAGAUACGACCCGGUGAGGAGAUUUGCCAGAGUUAUACGGAAGUUGCGGACCCGGAGAGUGUCCGGAGGCGGGGGUUGCGGGAGGCGUAUUUUUUUGAGUGUUGUUGUGAGGGGUGUGUGGGGGAGGGGGUGAAGACCGCAGACCCCCGCACAUCCUACAUCUGUCCCCUCCCACGCUGUCCCGGGGUCCUUUUCCCCAUCUCCCAACCGCACAACGACCACUCAAUCCGUCCAGACUCCGACGACGAUAUCGAAUCCGAAGACCCCACGACUUACCACUGCACAACCCACGGUCCCCUCCUCGCCCCGCACCUCUCCACCUUCCUCACCAACCUCACUCACGCCCGAAAACAGUUUUAUACACCUGGAUCCGAUCUCCCCGCCUCGGCACCUCGACCACCCAUCCCACACCUCGAAUCUUCCCUCAAACUCUGGUCAACCCUAGCCCCACCCACCCACCACCUCCGCAUCGCCCUGCACCGCGCCCUUCAAGCCGCCCACCUCUCCACCGGAAAUCUACGAGCCGCUCUGGUGCAUGCGGAGAUGUUGGCAGGCGCUUAUGCGGAGAUAUAUAACCCGCGGGGCGGGACGUACCACCCCGCGGUAUCAGUACAGCGGUACCUGGCCUUCACGCUCCGGUUUACGAUCGCUGUUGAGGAGGACGGGAGAGGGAACGGGCUGAAUGAGGACGAAGAGGGGUUGCGGGGUCUUGCGAGGGACGGCAGGGAGGUUGUGCGGCUUUUGGGGGUAAGUCAUGGCGAGGCGAGUGCGUUGUGGAGGGAGGCGAGGGGGAGGGGGGAGGAGGUUGAGGUGAGGUUAAGGGGGAGGGGGUUUUGAGGUGGUGGGGAACGGGCGUUGUGGGUGAGAAG